AUGAUUAUAAUAAUUUCUGUUACUUUGCUUUAUGUUCUAGCAGUUCCAGCUCCAGCUCAAGCAGUCUCAGUAACCAAUCAACACUCUCACGAAUACUACUACUGCUUCCACUACCAUAUAUACAACAACCACUACCACCAGUCCAACAACAGAAGCAACUACGACGAGUCCAACAACAGAAGCAACUACCACGAGUCCAACAACAGAAGCAACUACCAUGAGUUCAACAACUACCACGAGUCCAACAACAGAAACAACAACCACGAAUCCAACAACUACCACGAGUCCAACCACUACCACAAGUCCAACAACUACCACGAGUCCAACCACUACCACGAGUCCAACAACUACCACGAGUCCAACAACUACCACGAUUCUAACAACAGAAACAACUACCACGAUUCUAACAACAGAAACAACUACCACGAGUUCAGCAACUACCACGAGUCCAACAACUACCACGAGUUCAACAACUACCACGAGUCCAACAACUACCACGAGUCCAACAACUACCACGAGUCCAACAACUACCACGAGUCCAACAACUACCACGAGUCCAACAACUACCACGAGUCCAACCACUACCACAAGUCCAACAACUACCACGAGUCCAACAACUACCACGAGUCCAACAACAGAAACAACUACCACGAGUCCAACAACUACCACGAGUCCAACAACUACCACGAGUUCAACAACUACCACGAGUUCAACAACUACCACGAGUCUAACAACUACCACGAGUCCAACAACUACCACGAGUCCAACAACUACCACGAGUCCAACAACUACCACGAGUCCAACAACUACCACGAGUCCAACAACUACCACGAGUCCAACAACUACCACGAGUCCAACAACAGAAGCAACUACCACGAGUUCAACAACUACCACGAGUUCAACAACAGAAACAACUACCACGAGUCCAACAGAAACAACUACCACGAGUCCAACAACUACCACGAGUCCAACAACAGAAACAAUCACCACGAGUCCAACAACUACCACGAGUCCAACCACUACCACGAGUCCAACCACUACCACGAGUCCAACCACUACCACGAGUCCAACAACUACCACGAUCCAACCACUACCACGAGUCCAACCACUACCACGAGUCCAACCACUACCACGAGUCCAACAACUACCACGAGUCCAACAACUACCACAAGUCCAACAACUACCACGAGUCCAACAACAGAAACAACCACCACGAGUCCAACAACUACCACGAGUCCAACCACUACCACGAGUCCAACCACUACCACGAGUCCAACCACUACCACGAGUCCGACCACUACCACGAGUCCAACCACUACCACGAGUCCAACCACUACCACGAGUCCAUCAAUUACCACGAGUCCAACAACUACCACGAGUCCAACAACUACCACGAGUCCAACAACUACCACGAGUCCAAUAACUACUACGAGUCCAACAACUACCACGAGUCCAAUAACUACUACGAGUCCAACAACUACCACGAGUCCAACAACUACCACGAGUCCAUCAACUACCACGAGUCCAACAACUACCACGAGUCCAACAACUACCACGAGUCCAACAACUAUCACAAGUCCAACAACUAUCACAAGUCCAACAACUAUCACAAGUCCAACAACUAUCACAAGUCCAACAACUAUCACAAGUCCAACAACUACCACAAGUCCAACAACUACCACAAGUCCAACAACCACCACGAGUCCAACAACCACCACGAGUCCAACAACCACCACGAGUCCAACAACUACCACGAGUCCAACAACUACCACGAGUCCAACAACUACCACGAGUCCAACAACUACCACGAGUCUAACAACCACCACGAGUCUAACAACCACCACGAGUCCAACAACCACCACGAGUCCAACAACCACCACGAGUCCAACAACCACCACGAGUCCAACAACCACCACGAGUCCAACAACUACCACGAGUCCAGCAACUACCACGAGUCCAAAAACUACCACGAGUCCAAAAACUACCACAAGUCCAACAACUACCACAAGUCCAUCAACUAACACAACUGCUACAACCGGAACCUCGCAAUAUACGUCAAACACAGAAAGUACUACUAUCAGCACACCGACCACUACAACAAGUCCAACCACGACGACUACUACAAGUCCAACCACGACUACAACAAGUCCAACCACGACUACUACAACAACAACGCCAACCAGAACCUCUCUAAAUACGACAGGCAACACGGCAACCACUAAGUCAAGCCCAUUUUCGAACACUUCUACAAGCCUAAUUGCGAACAUUACGAAAAGCCCAACUAAGAAGAGAACGAAAUUAUCAACUAAAAACACGGCAACAAGCCCAACGAAGACCACUACCACGAGCCCAACGAAGACCACUACCACAAGUCCAACUAAGACAACUACCACAAGUCCAACUAAGACCACUAUAACAAGCCCAAUUAAAACUACCACCACAAGCCCAACAAAGACCACUACCACAAGCCCAAAUAUGACCACAAGUCCAACUAAGAUCACAACCAAACGCCAUACCAAGAAGAUAACAAAGAGCUCAACUAAGACCACUACCACAAGUCCAACUAAGACCACUACUACAAGCCCAACAAAGUCCACUACCACAAGCCCAACAAAUACCGCUACCACAAGCACAAAUAUGAUCACAAGUCCAACUAAGAUCACAACCAAACGCCAUACCAAGAAGAUAACAAAAAGCUCAACAAAGACCACUACCACAAGUCCAACUAAGACCACUUCCACAAGCCCAAAUAUGACCACUACCACAAGCCCAAAUAUGACCACAAGUCCAACUAAGAUCACAACCAAACGCCAUACCAAGAAGAUAACAAAAAGUUCAACUAAGACCACUACCACAAGCCCAACAACAAGUAUUUUCACAAGACCAACUGAGACCACGACCACAAGCCCAACAACAAGUAUUUUCACAAGACCAACUGAGACCGUUUUCACAAGCCCAACUAAGAAGAGAACAAAACACUUAACUAAGAGCACUACAACACGCCUAAAUAAGACCUCUACAUCAAGCCCAAUUAAGUCCACGACCACAAGCCCAAUUAAGACUACCACGUCAAGUCCAACUAAAAAUGUUAAUGCCACUACUGGUAAGAGAAUACAGUUUACUGACCGAUGGCGGAGAAGCAGCGACAACAACAAUUGCUCCCACAACUUCAACCACAACAAGAAAUACAACCAACACCACUACAAGCUCAACAACACAAGCCACUCCCACUACCGCGACAACAACAAUUGCUCCCACAACUUCAACCACAACAAGAAAUACAACAAACACCACUACAAGCUCAACAACACAAGCUACUCCCACUACCGGUAA